GCUACCCUCAUCCUAGAACAUUUUGUUUGCAAUGGAGAAAAGAGAGUGUGAGUUUGAAAAUUUGGAGUAUCAAAGGGGAUUUGGCAAUCACUUUCGAAGCGAGGCUCUGCAAGGUGCUCUACCAAAUGGACAGAACAGCCCUCUCCACUGCCCAUAUGGUUUGUAUGCCGAACAACUUUCGGGAACGGCCUUCACUACUCCAAGGAAACAGAAUUUCAGAAGCUGGCUGUAUCGGAUCAAGCCAUCUGUUGGACACGAACCAUUCCAGCUUUAUUCUUCUCCAUCUCUGAACUUCGCUGGCGUUAUUGAUAAGGAUCGUUUCCUCACAACGCCAACGCAGUUGCGGUGGAAGCCUCUGGAGUGUCCAGAACAUCCAAGAGACUUUGUUCAUGGCCUCUUUACAGUGUGUGGAGCCGGAAGCCCCUUUCUUCGACACGGUUACAUGAUCCAUAUCUACGUGGCAAACAAAUCCAUGGAAGACUGUGCGUUGGCUAACGCUGACGGGGACUUUUUGAUUGUUCCACAGCAAGGACGUCUUUGGAUUAAAACUGAAUUCGGGAAACUGCAAGUUUGCCCUGGUGAAAUCGUUGUUCUUCAGCUAGGAAUGCGUUUUGCUAUCGAACUACCAGACGCAACCUCUCGUGGCUACAUUCUAGAGGUUUUCAGCGGGCAUUUUCAGCUUCCGGACCUUGGCCUUAUUGGUGCUAAUGGUCUUGCUGAAGUCGGAGAGUUUGAAACUCCUGUAGCGUGGUUUGAGAAUAAGCACUGCGAGGCUGGUUUCACCAUUUUCCACAAAUUUGGAGGCCAGAUGUUUUCAGCAAAACAAGAACAUUCCCCGUUUAAUGUCGUAGCUUGGCACGGCAACUAUGCACCAUACAAGUAUGACCUCAGGAAAUUUUGUCCAGUUAACACGGUGUUGUUUGAUCACGCGGACCCGUCUAUAAACACAGUUCUCACAGUCCCUUCGGAGAAGCCCGGCAUGGCGGUGGUCGACUUUGUGGUAUUUCCACCUCGAUGGUCAGUGGCGGAGCACACAUUCCGACCGCCAUACUUCCACAGAAACUGCAUGAGCGAGUUCAUGGGGCUUAUCUCCGGCUCUUACGAGGCCAAGGCGGGCGGAUUCCUUCCGGGAGGUGCGAGCUUGCAUUGCUGCAUGACACCCCAUGGCGUGGAUGCUACAACUUACGAGAGCACGAUCAGCGCAACAUCACAGGAACCUGUCAAGGUGUCGACCAACGCUCUAGCUUUCAUGUUUGAAUCGUCGCUCACUCCCCAAGUAGCGAUCUCGGCGUAUAACUCACAGCAGCGAGACGCUGAGUAUCACCAGUGCUGGAGUGGCCUGAACUCUCAUUUUGCGCUUGAAAGCUAGCCAAAUCGCGACCGUUAGAUCGGACGGAUCACAGCCCGCCACAUGGCUCGGAAAAUCGCUACCGUCAAUAUCACAUGGCUUGAUCCA